GAGAGGAAGAGCUGAACACGGUGUGUGUUUAUAUCAGCUUGUGAAGCGCUCGUCUGAUGAUCGCUGUUCUGUUCUUGAUCGAAACUCCGAUUCCUCAGCGAUGGAGCAGAAGAAGACGGUUAUCGUGACAGGCUUUGAGCCGUUCGGUGAACACGCUGUCAAUGCCAGCUGGGUGGCAGUACAGGAGCUGGAGAAACUGGGUUUGGGUCACGAUAUAAACCUUCACGUUGCUGAAGUUCCCGUGGAGUAUCAGGCGGUCCAGAGUCUUCUGCCGUCUCUAUGGAAACAGCAGCUUCCUCAAUUAGUGGUCCAUGUUGGAGUGUCCGGGAUGGCCACGACAGUAACGCUUGAACAGUGUGGUCAUAACCAGGGUUACAUGCGCCUGGAUAACUGCAGCUUCUGUCCGGAGUCACGCUGCUGCAUGGAGGGAGGACCGGACUGCAUUCAGUCUGUCAUAGACAUGGACGCCGUCUGCAAGAGAGUCAACUCCUCCGGGCUCGGCGUCUCUGUGUCUGUGUCAAAGGAUGCCGGCAGGUAUCUGUGUGACUACACCUACUACAAGUCUCUGUUUCUGGGCGAGGGCAGGUCUGCGUUUGUGCACGUUCCUCCUCUAGGGAAGCCCUACAGCGCGGAGCAGCUCGCUCGGGCCCUCAGGGCCGUCAUCCUGGAGAUGCUUGAACUGAUGGAGCACAACAAGGGAAAGAAACACUGUCUGCACGACCAAUGAGAGCACAGGCCGAGUCUCGUACGCACAUAUGGAGCGUCGCUUUGGAUUCAAGAGUUCAUGCACAUUUGAAGACAUCAGUGUCUUAACUUGUGUGCUGCAUACUAGGAUCAGUCAGCUGGUUUGAGAUGCUAAACUCAAUCCUACGGCUGCGUUCAAAUAGUCAAGAAAGCACUUUAAUGGGGUGUACUUGAAACAUGCAGAGAUUUGGUAUUAUGCAUAAAAAAGACUUGGAAGUGAUGUGAAAACACUACGUAUACAUGGAGCUCUUUAAACCGUAUUUCAAAAAUGAUUUUUUUUUUAAACAGUCAAGGCAGAAUUUCUAAAAUCAUUAUUCACCAGAUUAAGUAUGUCUGUAGUAUAAAAUCAUUUAAACCAGGGUUAUUAUAAUUAAUAAAAAUUUGAAUGAUGCAUUUUUCUCACCAUGAAAAUAGCCGUAGAAUCUGGCAUGGCAUUAAAC